AUGUUAGCUGGUAUUAUCAUUACUGUUUUGUCAUUAUUUGUUUCAUUGCUUACAUUAUUGCUUCCAAAAGAUUCAAUCGUUCCAUAUAAGUCAUUAAUAUUUGGAUUGUUUAUUGGAAUUUUCUUAGGAUUAGUACUAGUCACAACUUCCAGUUUUAGUUUUUUGGAAUGUUUGCUUAUAGGAAUGAUGAUUUGUUCAGAAGUUUGUUAUAUUAUUGGAUGUUUUAUAUCAUUUCUUAAGGUUCCAUUUACUUUAAAAACACUAACAACAAUCAUUCCUUUUGAUUUGUUAAUAAUUGCUGUUGUUACUCUUAUUUAUGGGUUUGGACAAUGCACAGACUCUUUUAUUAAAGAAGAAAAAUACACAUCAUUUUAUGUUGGGAUAUGUUCUUUUAUCGCAUUGACAUAUUUUAAUUGGUUAGAAACAAAACAAUUUCCAAUUACGGAAUUAGUUUUUUGUUAUUUAUUGUCCAACUGGAAUUAUCUUGUAUGCCAAUUUGUUGGAUAUAUUUGUAUUUUUUCACUUUUAUUGAUGUUUUAUUUUUACAAACACGACGUUUUAUUAUCUCUUGCAAUGUUAUUAUCAUUCAUAUAUCAUUUAAUAGAAAGUUCAUCUAUUCCUUUAAUGACUAUUUUAAUCCCUGAUUUGAUCUAUCUGUUAGGCUUAAUAAAAAUGGUGAUUCUUAUACGAAAAAAAGAUGUUGAUUGUUUGUAUUCACUAAUACCUGUUCUAAGUGUAAUAUUACCAUUAAAUAUGGGAAUAACUAUUAUAUUUUUUAUAUUUUUAAUAUGGUAUUUCAAGAAAUAUUCAUUCAAAUUAGGAGUACUUCUUGUAUUUUUCUUCUUUGGAAUUCAUUUCUUCUUCUUAAGUGGACAUGCAUUCCAAUUUAGUGAUAUUCAAUUUAAUGCUGGAUUUAUUGGAAUACCAUUCUAUUCAUUCUUUGGAAAUGGAUUUUUGGUCAUUUUGAAUACAUUCUUCUUCCCAAGUAUCAGUAUUAUUUUUGGGUUGUUAAUAAUUUUAAAGUCUCAUCCUACUGGGACGUCUUUGUAUAUUCAAAGUUCUUUAUGUCUCACAACUAUGUUUAUAUACCAAUUAGUUCCUAUAAUGUUCUUUACUUACUUUGUAUCUGGACAUUUAGAAAUCUUCAGAAUUUUUACACCAAAAGUAUGUUUUGAUAUAUCUUUCUGUAUAGUAACAGAUAUUAUGAUAGGUAUUGGAUAUUUCCUUCAAAAACUUACUCCAAAACAACUUGAAGAAGAAAAGUCUUAUUUAGAUUAG